AUGGCUACACUAAACGAGCAACUGGAGACAUUGAUCAAGGAAUACUCUCCCUGCGAUGUCUCAGACGCUCUAAUCAAGCUGCAAAAGACGCCCGAAGGCAGCACGGCAAGAGCAGGAUAUCUCGCAGAUCUAGUCCCAUUCUCCCCAGUGACAGGCCGCAAUGAAACAACACCCAAAAUAGCCGCGCCAGCAACGACAUUCAAAUUCAUCCCAAAGAGCUCCAGCCCACCCCCACUCGCAACUGAAAACCCCGAAAAGCACGGCUUCCAACCAGGCAAGCACUGGGUCGACCAUGUCGGCUCAUACGCAGCCUCGGAUCCGUCUGGCGCCGGGUCCAUCGUCGUCAUCGAGCAGCCGGAGGGCCAGUACUGCGCCGUGACGGGUGGUAUUAUGGCGACUCGAAUGAAAGCGCUCGGUAUCAAGGCUACUGUUGUCGGAGGUCGGGUUAGGGAUUUGAGAGAAUUGCAGGCGACGGGGCUUCCGAUAUGGGCGCAGGCUACUUCUACUGUGGGGACUAAUGCGGAGGCGAAGGCUGGUGCUCGUGAUGUGCCGAUUUCGAUUGGGGGUGUGACUGUUUCUCCGGGUGAUAUCAUCUUUUGUGAUCCUUUGGAGGGAGUGGUGGCCAUUCCUCGCGAGCUCCUUGGCCAGGUGCUUGAACUCAUGCCUAAGCUGAUUGCUAUGGAUGAUCAGGCUAAGGAAGCUGUCGCUCAGGGGAUGAGUGUCACUGAUGCUUUCAAGAAGUUCCGCUCAUAG